CGGCAUUUGACACUGUGUAUCUUCACAACAGGGAAGUUCAGCAACUUUAGUAACUAGUACUGUUGUGUUUACCUCCACGGCGGUUUGUUUGGCGCCUGUUUAUGGUUUUAUUUGGCUACUAGGCUUUGAUUUAUUAUCAGGGCGUGGUUUACUUUACAGCAAAUGCGGCUGUGGAGGAGGAAGAGGUCGGCUCCAGAUCAUGUUUGUUGCCUUGCUUUGCGGGGCAGUGUUUUUCCCGGGGCUUUUCCUCAGCCUCAGGACUGUGCUCAGGUCUGCUUUCACACACUGGACUGAUGCGGAUGUGGUGGCUGUCAGCGAGAGGCUGGUUUCCUCCAUCCAUGCGUCCUUGGCUGCCACAGCUGGAGUUGUAGUGGUGACCUCCUGCAGGGAUGUGAUGACUGACAGACACUGGUUGGUCGAUGGCUUUGUUCUCUUCGGUGCUCCCUACAUGGCCUAUGACAUCUGUGCCAUGUAUCUGAACCACUACCACACUCAGAAGGUCAAAGGUCAUGAUGGCGCCUAUGGACACCACUCCCUGCGGACGGUGAAGUCCUUCCUCCUCAGAGAAUGGAUGCUGGUCCUCCAUCACGCGGCGCUGCUCCUGAUUUUCAUGCCCAUCACUCUGUUCUUCAGAAGAGGACUUGGUGAUUUCUUCAUCGGCUGCAUGUUCACCACAGAGUUCAGCACCCCCUUUGUCUCCAUAGGAAAGAUUCUCAUCCAGUUGGGCCUCGACAACAGCAGGCUCCACAGGAUCAACGGUGUCAUGGUUCUGGUGAGUUUCUUCACUUGUCGCAUCCUUCUCUUCCCCUUCAUGUACUGGAUGUACGGACAGCAGUAUGGGAUUCCCCUGCACAGAGUGGCCUUCCAUCUGCCGCUCCACUGCAACGUGGGCAACCUGGCCAUCCUGGCCCCACAGAUCUACUGGUUCAUCCUGCUGCUGAGGAAAGCACACAGACUCUACCUGAGGCAGAACAGAGCCAAGGCAGACAGCCAGAGAGACAGCUUAAAGACAGAAUGAGCGGUCGGUGUAGCAUUUCUGGGGUAUGGGGUGGCAGAUGGAGGCUGAUUGUAAAGUCUCAACAGUUGAGUGUUUUGUCUAAAUAAUGUUCAUCACUCUGACUAACCAUCUGCUGUUUAAAAUGUGACACUAUCUGUACAUUGUGUUGUUGAAUCAGUCUAUUAGCAUUGUAUUUGUACUGUACUCUCAGGGAUAAAUGAGUCUUUGGCAGCUGUUACAAUUAAGCACAAUUAAUAAAAAAUGCUAUUGCUUUACUGUU